AUGUCAUGUGGAAAUACAUUUUGUCGGGAUUGUUUCGAGUAUCAAUCGUAUGUAUCAAUGAGCACUGGAAUUAAAAAAUGUCCAGAUAACCAUUGUGGACGUCGACAUUCACCACAAGAGAUACGAGCAGAUGUCACAGUGUCAAAACUUACUGAAUUAUGCAGAACUCAAUUAUUACCAUUACAUCAACAACAUCAAUUAAUACUACAACAGUCACAACAUCAUCGUUAUCAUAAUCAGCGACGAUUAGAUGACACAGACGACGAAGAAUUACAAAUUCAGUUAUUACAUCAGCAACCGCAACAUCAUCAAUUACUACAAUUUCAACAAAAUCAUAAUUACAUUAAAUUAGAUUGUCAGGUUUGCUAUUCUCUACUUAUCGAUCCAAUCACAACACCUUGUGGACAUUCAUUCUGUAAGCCUUGCUUGACGAGAUCACUUGAUCAUAAUGACAAAUGUCCAAUUUGUAGGCAUCAACUACGUAUCCCUUACACUUUUUUAACCAACCAUCCGACAAACAAAACAAUAACAUUAGUCCUGGAAUCAUUAUAUCUUAAUCUAUACACGGAAAGACGUCUAAUUUCUGAACAUGAAUUUUAUGACACGAUGGAAGAUACUCCGAUAUUCGUGAGUUACUUAGUCUUCCCAAAAAUGCCUUGUUUCUUGCAUGUAUUUGAACCGAAAUAUCGAUUAAUGUUAAGAAGAUGUUUGGAUUCACGUCAGCGUCAUUUUGGAAUGGUCUUGCCUGCAAGGAAUGGACAAGAAGGAUAUAGCGAAUAUGGCACAAUUCUGGAAAUUAAAUCAGCUGAAUUUCUCGAGGAUGGUAGAUCUUUAGUCGAGACAAUAGGGUCAUAUAGAUUCCGAGUAUUGGAACGAAAUCAAAAAGAUGGAUAUCACGUGGGAAAGACAGAAAGGAUUGAUGAUGUUGAUCUUGAAGAAGAGGAGGAGCUUGAAAGACGUGAUUUAGAAGCCGCAGCAAUCAAUAAUGCAAAUACUGCAAACCCACCAAUGGAUGAACAACCAACCGCGAAAUUGAUAAGUUUAGCACGUGAGUUCAUUGAGGAUCUAAGAAAUGGUGGAGCUCCUUGGCUACUACAACGUUUGAAUUCCACUUAUGGGGAGAUGCCAGAUGAUCCGAGUGAUUUUACUUUUUGGGUCGCUAGCGUAAUCCCCAUCGAUGAAUACGAUAAAUAUCGAUUAUUGGAAUUAAGAUCUGUACGCGAACGUCUAAAGCUUAUUAUUUUAUGGAUUACACAACUUAAAGACCAGUGGUGGUUUGCACGUGGAUGCUGUGUUUUAUAG